UCCCCCCAUUUUGUAAAAAUUUCAACAGGAGAGAGCCAACCAGGAACCGCACCAUAACUAAACUGAGGAUAUUAUUCAACUUGCUCACCAAAUCCGUCUUAGUUUUCAAAGCUUAAAUCUUUACGUUUUAAGAUACUCCUCAAAAACCUUUCAGUUACAUGUAUAUUUUUCAGCACUCUUCAAUAUUGUGGACUAAGAACUCUUCUUCCAUAUAUAUAUAUAUCUUUUUCUUCACAGAAGGUUAUAAUAUUACCCAAAUUAAUCAUCAAGUUUGUAUCUUGAAACCUCUCAAAUAUGAAGCUUAUUGAGCAUAUUAUUUUUGAUUUUAUCUUGGGUCUUCUUGCGGUAUCCAUCGUCAUUCUUGGUAUUUUUCUCUAUUUGAGUUGCAAAAAAGAACCUGUAGAGUCCGAAGAGUCACUUCCAACCCAGCAAAUUGCCGCCGCAUAUCAAUUAACAGAUAUAGAUGCUGCCACUGAUGGCUUCAAUAGCCGAAGAAUCAUCGGCCACGGUCGCCUGGGAACCGUUUAUUCAGCAGUGUUAUCAACAGGAGACCUAGUUGCCGUGAAGAGAAUACAUCCAAGGCUUGUUCUAAGCAAUGCCGGAUUCGGUUUCUCGUCGAUAAUAAAGAAAAUCUCUCAAGCACACCACCAGAAUAUAGUGCCAAUUUUAGGGUUUUCACAAGCGCCAGGAGAGAGAAUCCUUGUAAUGGAAUUUGUUGGUAUGGUGAGUUUAGAGCUUUAUUUACAUGAGAAUAACGAUGGGGCAUCUCUUUUGGAUUGGAGCCGGCGUUUCAGGAUUGCAGCAGGAGCGGCAAGAGGGCUUGAGUAUUUACACGAAGGGAUGGCACCAAAUGUAAUACAUGGUUGCAUAAAGGCUUCAAAUAUAUUAUUAGAUUCCAAAUUUUCUCCGAGGAUUUCUGAUUAUGGGCUCUCUUUUAUGGCACGCCAAGAGAAAAGAGGCCUUCUGGGUUAUGUAGAUGAUGAGUAUUGGAGCGACAGAGACGGCGGAGCCUCCAAAGAGAGCGAUGUUUAUGGGUUUGGUGUGGUUUUGUUAGAGAUAUUGAGUGGAAGAAGAUGUGAAGAAGGGUUACUUGUUAAAUGGGCACUGCCUUUGAUUAAGGCAAAGAGAUUAACUGAACUUUUGGACCCUCGACUUGUAUUUCCUUCUGAUGUUAAACCUUUUGUUAGAUUGGCUAAAGUUGCUUCAGCUUGUGUUGGCAAUUCUAGAAAGAGCAGGCCUUCAAUCGUUCAAGUGUCUGCCAUUUUGAACAAUUUGGACGAUAAUCACCAUAUCUCAGGCAAGCCUUUUAUUCAUUAAUUAUAUAUCACCAUUUCUCAAAUGGGAUCAUCAAUUUUGAAGCAACAUAUUUAGACCCACAUGAAGAAACUGGAGACGUAAAAGUAGAAGUCUACAUUUUUUGACUAGGAAAUUUUCUUUAUGGAUGGUGUUGAAUUGUAUGCAAGAGAUGGCUGAAGAGGAACAUGGAGGGCCAGGGUAGGAUGGUGCCUGUCAAUUGCCGGUGAAUUUGACCUUCGUUUCCGUGUGGAAGUGGGCAUCUGUUUCGUAUUGAAAAGGACCAAUUGGUUGAUUAAUUUUCUUCUUUCUGGGUUGUCAUUGCUUAAUCAUAUGAUAAUAGGGGAAUUAUUGAUUUAUAACAAUAAUCCUCAUAUAUUCAGAGGGACCCAUGAUCAUAUUGAUUGAACGGUGACAGAUUUGGGGCAGCAUAUAUAUACCUAGUUUCUCUUUUUGUUUGUUUGUCCUGUGCUUUUUUGCCAACGUCUCCAUUUGGGAUGAAACUCCCUUGAAAAUGAUUUUUGUAUAAUCUUAUCUUAUUCUUUUAUGGGCUCCCUUAAUUAUAAUGUUGUGAAUAUAAUGUUUUAAUAUUUCUCCAUA